GUAUGUAAAAUUGUGAAUAAAAAUUUUAUUCUUCUUAAGUGAUUCUUACCUAUAAUGACUUCAGUUUGUGAUGGCUGAAUGAAAUUAUUUUUAUUGAAGAAUUUAGUUAAAAUUAUAAUAAUUACGAUUUGCAUAAUGUAGAUAAAUAAGUACACUGUGAGACUAUCUUGUAACGUUGUCGGUGCGAUUCUGCGCAAUGAACUCUACCAUUUCAUUAUAGAAAACUAUCAAUAAAUGCCAUGCAAUGAUGAAGGUAUACGAAGCUCAACAUCGCUAUCUUGCAGCGCGCAUGCGCUGUAUUACCACUUUGAAACUGAAGUGGAAAAAUCAUUAUCCCAGAUUCCAGCGCAAAUCGCAUAAGCAUAUAAGUUAUGGCUAAGGUUCUACAAAAUAAUUUUGAACGGUGUUGCCGCCUAUGUGCAGAAGAACAAGAUGUGACAAUUAUGAUAUUUAGUGAUGAAGCAGAAGCAAUGUUGCUCCAAAACAAAUUAAAUCAAUAUUUAUUGAUUGAGGUUGAUGAAGAUGACAAGCUUCCCAAGAAUAUUUGUAUUCAAUGUUGUAGCAAACUCCAAAUAGUAUGUGACUUUAUUGACACUGCACGUAACGCACAAACAAUUCUUCUUAACCGCAGUAUAGCCUUAGAUAAUGUAACAAAUAAUAAAUCAUCUGAAAUAUUGCUUAAACAAGACAUCAAAAUAGAACCAGAUACUGGAUCUGAUGAUGAAAACAAAUCAACUGGGAUGGAAAUUAGUGUGGAUCCAAUGUUAGUAUUGCAAAACUCGGAAGAACCACUCUCACCAAAUGCCUUUGAAAACUGUGCAUCUAUUGAAGAUGUUACUCAUUUACAUGAUGUUGAUAGUGAUAAUGUGACAAUUAAACUUAUUAGAAAGGGGGAUGUAACAUGUGAAGAGACUAAUAAAAAUGAAGAGAAACCAAGUGAAAAAGAUUGGCACUUAAAACCAUUCCCAUGUGAGACUUGUCAAAGAAGUUUCUUUACUGAAUUAGCUUUGAAAAACCACUCUUGGACUCAUAUUAAUGAUAAUGAUAAGGAUAAAAAAAUAUUUAAAUGUGGUACUUGUAAUAAUGGAUUUGAUUAUAAAAUUGACUUAAUAACUCAUUUAAAACAACAUAAAACCAUUGGUCUAUGUCAAUUUUGUGGAAGGAGCUUCAGGUCUCAGAAGAAUCUAGAGGCUCACAUGUCUGUUCAUCUUCCAUAUAAUAGAUCAUACACAUGUAAAGUCUGUGGAAGAUCUUAUAAAACAAAAAGCAAUCUGAAGACACACAGCAUCACCCAUAGUAAUGAAAGGCCUUUUCAUUGUCAUAUAUGCAAGAAAAGUUUUAAAAGAAAUCAGGACUUGAAAUUCCACAUUAAUCAACAUACUGGAGCAAGGCCUUAUAAGUGUCCAUUUUGUGACAAAAGUUUUGCUAGCUCUGGGAACUGCUAUUCUCAUAGAAGUCGGAUGCAUCCUGGUAGGCGUGUAGAAUCUAAAAUAAAGCUUCGUGGCACAGUGUCAAGGGAAAAUCAAGUUACACUUCCUAGAAUCCUUCCCAAAACCACACUCACAUCAGUAAAAGGAAUAUUCAAAUAUCAGUGCACACUCUGUGAACAUAGUUUUAUGAGGCGAGACAACUUUACAUAUCACAUGUAUCAACAUACAGGAGAAAAGCCAUUCCAGUGCUCGUUUUGCACAGAUAAAUUUGUCACACGAAGAGGUCUUCUUAUUCAUCACGACAAAGAACAUCCCGCAAAAGAUAGACCGCUGGCGUUAUUAUCUAAAAACUUACUACUAAAAUGAUGUUAACACUGUAAACAAACUGAAGAAAAUAUAUAAUAUGAUUCAAAAUUGUUUU